UAAACUGAUUCAUAAAAGAUGGCGACCGGUGCAGCUGUCAAAACGUGAGAGUUUAAUGCUGUAGAACUGGACACUCAGAAACCAGCACGGACUAUCGGUUUGGACCAGUGUACGUGCAUUAACUAAGGGCCAUCGCUUGAUCAGCGGAGGAGACGCGAAGAAGUCUUCUGUGUAGAAGAGGAUGCUUUCUUCCCUAAGGAGGUGACAUUGAGGAGGACAGAGGCUGCCGGGUUUGACACUAAAAAUAAGUGAAAGAGCUUGUCAGAUCUCUGAUGUGAACUUAUCUGAAAGUACCAAUGAACAUUCAUACAUUUACGUAACCGGUCUAUUCGUUUUAUUUGAUUUUAAAAUGGCUUGGAGGUCACGGCUCUCUUACAUUGGACGGAGGCAUCUGGGUAUUUUCUUCAACCCGUCUACCUCAAACUGGACUAAGGUGGUGUCUGAUGCUGAGAAGAUCGUAGGAUAUCCAACUUCAUUCAUGAGUUUACGCUGUUUACUCAGUGACGAGCUCAGCAAUGUGGCCAUGCAUGUAAGGAAGCUGGUGGGAACGAAACACCCUCUGCUCAACACCGCCAGAGGAUUUGUGUAUGACAGCCGGAAUAAUCUACAAAUGCGAGGUCUCAUCGUGCUGCUAAUGUCAAAAGCAGCCGGUCCUUGUCCCAGUAACAGUGACCCGAUUUGUGACAGUAUGGUCAGCGGCAUCUACCCCAGUCAGAGGAACUUGGCUGAGAUCACAGAGCUGAUUCACACAGCCUUCCUGGUGCAUCGUGGGAUUGUUAAUCUGAAGGAGUGGACGAACUCGGACGGCCCCCUCAAAGACAUGCAGUUUGGGAACAAGAUGGCCGUUCUGAGUGGCGAUUUCCUGUUGGCGAACGCCUGCACGGGGUUGGCCCAGCUCAAUGACACCAAGGUGGUGGAGCUGAUCUCCAGUGCAAUCGGAGAUGUGGUGCAAGGAAUCUAUCACGAGAGCUCCAGUUCUGCAGAGGAGGGCAGUCUAACAGUUGCAUCCUGGGAAGACCAAACAUUUCUGUCCCAUGGUGCUUUGCUUGCCAAGAGUUGUCAAGCAGCGAUGAAGCUGGCCAGACAUGGUACCGAGGCUCAGAAUUUGGCUUUUCAGUACGGAAAACACCUCGCUCUGGGACACAAGCUAAACUCUGAUCUGCAGCCGUUCGUGAAGAGUGGGUCAGAAGCGACUGUGUUUAGUUUGGACUCGGCUCCUGUAAUCUUCCACAGACAGAUCGUAGGACCUGAGAGAUGGCGGCACCAGCUAAAACGGGUCCAGAAUAUGGCUAGACAGAUUGAUUACACAAAGCUCCGGGGCCUGAUAAAGAUGGAACGAGGCGUGAGCCAGACGCUUGACCUGUGCAGUUACCACGGCAACAAGGCCUUGGAGGCCAUGAAGUGCUUCCCACCAUCAGAAGCUCGGUCGGCACUGGAAAACAUGGCCUGCGCGGUCACCAAGUUCUGAAGGUGGAUUCAAUCUGGAUGUAUAUAAUAUGAAUCCAAUUCAGUUUGAUGCAGUUAAUUAAUGCUGAAACUGAGCCUGCCUGGAGUUUGAUUAUGCUUUUUUUGGGUGCUGUUUUAAGAGGAGUUACUUUGGAGUGUUGGUGGUUCUGACCUGCUCUACAGAUGAUGAGUUUUACGGAACUGAUGAGUGUUGCACACAGUCGAGUUUACCAGACUCAUACACACUCUAUGCAUUUAGUCACCAAAUCAGCUUUAUUUUUUUUUUAUAAAAUGAGAUAUCUUUUUGGAAAAAAAAAAAUCAAUAUGUCUCUUCAUUCUAAAAUUUCUGUGAUUCCUUGUGAUUAAUGGAGGUCAGUAUUUCUAUACACCACUUAGAAGACGACAAACAAACAUUAUUGAAAUCAUUGUAAGUUGAUUUGUGACCAUAGAGUAAUGCACUGGUAUUACAGGGGGCGGCAUUAACCAAAAUGUUUGUCUGAAAACCGAUGACUGUGCGUGUGUGUUGUGGGUGCCCGGGGUGCUCCAGCAGCAGUGUUGGCAGUAAUAAUUAAUGAGGUGAGUGUGUGACCUGAGUGAAUGGGCAGGAAAUGCUGCAGUAUUGAUCAGCUCAGCGAGAGGACUGGCGCCAGCCUGGGCAGCCUGCGGUUUCCCGGGUGACCACGGGGAGGACGACUAGGGUGUGAAGUGGGGCGUAGGGGAGUGAUGGUCACCACUGACAGCCACCGGGCCACACACACACACUUGAAUUGCUUGAAGGACAGAAAGGGAAGAACAUGCAUGCAGGAACAUCAGUAGUUCAGAGUUCCUUCCAUGUCUCUCUCUGGCCUCAGAUAUGUUGGCAGGAUAUUACACUAAGCUUGCUCGGUAAGAGCGGGACAGCCCUCUGGACAUAUAUGAAAAAUUCAUUUUGGCCUCAAGCAGACCUGAGAAAACUUCCCGUGAAAACCUAUGAAGAUGGAAACAAAGAACAAGCAGCUCUUCCUGACACAACAUCUCCUGUCAGAGGCAAACUCUUGCACUGUCUUGCCCUGAUCAGAGUUUGUUCAGACUUUAUUAUUAGUGUCACUGUGAUCUGACUUCUUUAUCACAGAUUCAAAUAUCAUACUAAGUGCAGAAGAACAGUAUGAAAGGUCAUGAGUGAUCUUUUGUUUUGUGGGUUUUUGGGUCUCUGUACCUCAAUGAGAUUGUUCGAAUCACAAUUUAAUUAGUCGUGUGGAAGUUUGCUUCAUUUAAUCAGUCAUAGCUAACACUUUACAGACUGGAAGAAAUCAAUGUAUUAUUUAAUGUUCUGGCAAUUUUCGUUAGUUGAUCAUUGAUGGCUAAGUUUGUACCAGUCUUUCAUUGACCUGGCCUGAAAGACAAGCCCAAAAUAAGUGAUCCAGUCUGGAAAAC